AUGCAGCCACAGCUCAAGAAGCCGGACGGCUCCUCUCGGCCACCCACCGCCAGGCAGAGAGCUGUGAUGACGCCGAGGCACUUCCUUGGGUGCAAUUACCGCUGUUUCCUGCGGCACCCGGAAGCCCGCCCGCCGCUACCCGCCGGCGCAUGCGCAAUGAAAAAAUUGAAAAGCACUUCUAAGUAUAUUUAUCAGACUCUGUUUUUGAAUGGGGAGAACAGCGACAUCAAAAUUUGUGCUCUGGGAGAAGAGUGGAACUUGCAUAAGAUAUAUUUGUGUCAGUCAGGCUACUUUUCCAGCAUGUUCAGUGGAUCUUGGAAAGAGUCUAGCAUGAACGUCAUCGAGUUGGAGAUUCCUGACCAAAAUAUUGAUAUAGAAGCUCUACAGGUGGCUUUUGGCUCACUGUAUAGAGACGAUGUGUUAAUAAAACCCAGUCGAGUAGUUGCACUUUUAGCAGCAGCCUCCAUGCUGCAACUUGAUGGCUUAAUCCAGCAAUGUGGUGAAACAAUGAAGGAAACCAUUAAAGCAAAAACUGUGUGUGGUUAUUAUAAUUCAGCGGGGACAUACGGGUUAGACUCUGUGAAGAAAAAGUGCCUUGAAUGGCUCUUGAAUAACCUGAUGACUCACCAGAGUGUUGAACUCUUCAAAGAACUCAGCAUAAACGUCAUGAAACAGCUGAUUAGCUCUUCUAACCUAUUUGUAAUGCAAGUGGAAAUGGACGUGUAUACUGCUCUCAAAAAGUGGAUGUUCCUUCAGCUAGUGCCUUCUUGGAACGGGUCUUUGAAACAACUCUUAACCGAAGCUGAUGCCUGGUUUGCCAAGCGUAGGAAAGAUUUUGAGGGUGACAUUGCAUUCCUGGAGUCAGAACAGGGGAGUGCGUUCCUCUCGGUGUUCGCACACUUGAGAUUACAGUAUAUCAUCAGUGACUUGGCAUCAGCCAGAAUUGUUGAGAGAGACUCCUUGAUACCCUCAGAAUGGCUGUCCUCUGUUUACAAACAGCAGUGGUUUGCCAUGCUCAGAGCAGAACAAGACAAUGAUAUUGGGCCUCAAGAAAUAGAUAAAGAGGAACUGGAAGCAAACAGCAUGAGGUGUGGUCGAAAACUUGCAAAGGACGGUGAUUACUGCUGGCGGUGGACUGGGUUCAACUUUGGCUUUGACCUUCUUGUUACUUAUACAAAUCGUUACAUCAUUUUCAAACGGAAUACGCUGAAUCAGCCGUGCAGCGGAUCGGUCAGUCUGCAGCCUCGGAGGAACAUAGCCUUCAGGUUACGUCUCGCCUCUUUUGAUAGCAAUGGGAAAAUUAUUUGCAGUAGAACGACGGGAUAUCGGAUCCUGACCCUUGAGAAGGACCAGGAGGAGGUAGUGAUGAAUUUGGACAGCAGACUCCUGAUCUUCCCGCUCUAUAUCUGCUGUAACUUCUUGUACACGUCACCGGAGAAGAAGGCUGACAGUGAGGCGCUGCCGGAUCAUUCGGAAACCUGA